GUCACCGACGUCUACACCGGUAGUGACGUGAAAAUGGCGUCUCCGGCCGCCCGGCUCUCCGUACGCCGCUUGUCUUGGGGACACCGGAGCGGUUGUUUCCCGAACGUCGUCGCCAGACAUGCGGCCGUAUGUUCGGCCGCGACGCCCCAGGCGCGCGGGGGCGGCGCGGCGGUCCGCCGCGGGCCGCGGACACCCGGGAGUGCCGUGACAUUGGGACCGCUGAGAGGCUUCAGAUGUCCUCCCGGCAUCUCCUGCCACUCCUAUCACACCAGCAGCCGGUCAGCGAGCAAGCAGGACUUGUACGACGUGUUGGGUGUGUCCCGCUCUGUAUCCCAGAAAGACAUCAAGAAGGCUUACUACCAGUUGGCCAAGAAGUACCACCCGGACACCAACCCGGAUGAGCCCGACGCCAAAGAGAAGUUUGCCCAGCUGGCUGAAGCCUACGAGGUGCUGAGCGACGAGGUGAAGAGGAAGCAGUAUGACACCUACGGCGCGGCCGGCUUCGAUCCCGGCCGAGCCGGGGCGGCGGGCCAGCAGCAGUACUACAGGGCGGGGGGGGCCAACAUCGACCCCGAGGAGCUCUUCAGGAAGAUCUUUGGAGAGUUUUCUGGAGGCAGGGGCUUCGCAGACAUCAACAACAUGUUUGAACAACGGCCCGAGUUUGUGAUGGAGCUGAGCUUCUCCGAGGCCGCCAAGGGCGCCAGCAAGGAGCUGAGCGUGAACAUGGAGGACACCUGUCCUCGCUGCGAUGGGCGGGGCAACGAGCCGGGCACCAAAGUCUCCCACUGCCACUACUGCAACGGCACCGGCAUGGAGACCGUCAACACCGGUCCGUUCAUGAUGCGGACGGGCUGCCGGCGCUGCGGCGGGAAGGGGUCCAUCACCAACACGGUGUGCGCUCUGUGCCGCGGGUCGGGCCAGAUGAAGAAGAGGCAGACGCUCACGGUGCCCGUUCCUCCUGGAGUGGAAAACGGUCAAACGGUUCGCAUGUCGGUGGGAAAAAAAGAAAUCCUCAUCACAUUCAGGGUCCAGAGGAGUCCGGUGUUCAGGCGCAGCGGAGCGGACCUCCACUCAGACGUGAUGAUCUCUGUGGCUCAGGCCGUCCUGGGGGGCACGGCCACGGCCCCCGGCCUGCACCAGACCAUCAGCAUACUGAUUCCGGCCGGUUGCCAGGGCGACCAGGUGAUCCGCCUCCAGGGGAAAGGCAUCCGGAGGAUGAGCACCUACAGCUACGGAGACCACUACGUGCACAUCAAGAUCAAAGUGCCCAAGAAGUUGACCCGCCGCCAGCGCUCUCUGCUGCUAAGCUACGCCGAAGACGAGACGGACGUUCAGGGGACGACAAACGGCGUCGAGCGGCCUGCAGCAGGGGGCAGCAGAAGCUCACAGUCCGGUCCCGGGUCCAACGGCUCGGGGGAGGAAGAGCAGCAGGAGAAGGACAAGAAGAAGGAGGAGAAGAAGAAGGAGGAGGAGGAGGAGGAGGAGGGAGGCUUCUUCUCUAAGCUGAAGAAGAUGUUCAGCUGACAGGUUGGAUCUUCAGUCCCUUGAUCACGCAUCAAUAAUCAGGAAGCGGACCGCUUCAACAGCAACAAGUGGACAUGAAGAUCAGUAACAUCGAUCGAUCGUGGUUGUGUUUCCAUGGCGAUACGAGUCUUCUAAACAAUACAAUCCACCCCAGAAGAAUACUGUUGGACUCUUCUGCCCUCUGCAGGAAGGAAACCCUAUGCGGCAAUAAAAGACGUCCACGCCGUGGUUACCGUGGUUACCGAGGCUGAAGGACGUCUCGCAGCCACACACACACACACACACACACACACACACACACUCUGGACUCUGUUUCCCUGCAAUCAGCCUUCUGGCUUCGGGGGAAACCAAAAGCAGACGCUUCUCAUCAGGCUGUGAUGUCACAAGGCGUCUCUUGGUGUCCUUGUCCCUCCCAGCGAGGACGGAACGAAGGCGCUCGGUGUUCAGACGCUCCGAUAUCUUAGAGUAAACAAACGAAUUAAACGCUGGAGCUUAUUCAGGGAAUGUCUGUUCUUCAUUAUCACAGAGACGUGUUGGUCGCUCUCACGCUGCUAGCGAAGGACAAAGAGGUCAAGGUGACAUUUAAAACAUGAGAGCCUGAAUCAGCUGUUGUUUCAUCAGAUGAGGAAACAAAGAUGCUGACAAAAGCCAAGGAGACAUGGACAAGGACAAGACAUACUACGGCCCUCUGUCCUCCCCUCUCUCCUCUCCUCUCCUCUCCUCUCUCCUCUCCUCCCCUCUGUCCUCUCCUCUCCUCUGUCCUCUCCUCUCUCCUCCAUAUGCAUUUGAGAAAGUGAUGUGUCCUCCAGCUGAAGGCGCUGAGAUCCUGACAGACAGACAGGAGGACGGAGGAGACGAGGAGCGGCCUUUCAGCAUUAGGCUCCUCCCACCCGACAAAAUAAAGUCCAAAGAGACAGAAGCACGUUUCUAUAACAACAAUCUAUAACAAUAAUCAUGUCGCAUUGAAUGGGAUGUCAAACGACCAGAAGUGCUCAUCUGCAUGCGGUUGCUAUGCUAACUUAGCAUCUUAGCUUAGCCUCAGGCCUUUAGCUUCACAGCGUGAGAGUUUAAAGAGUUUAAACAGUCAAAUGAUCAGCAUAUUUUCUUUAAUCACAUUUCGUAGAUCCACGAUUCUUAUCACUACUUAACAAAAUGAAACUAUUUCGUUGUCUCAGUACCUGUACUGCAAUGACAAAGAAUAUAAUGUAAUAUUUAAAUAGAUAACAAUCUGCUCCAUAUGGUAUCUAAUGGCAGUUGGUUUCAAAUGGGUUCUGGUCAUACAUCUCAAAUAAAGAUCUAUUGGGAGUGUAAA